GUUGAAAGUCUGUGUGCAUGGGGGGCCGUUUAAAGAGAUGCGCCGAGCACACGGCACAGACUUUCUCCACUGAAGAGUCAGCGAGAUGAAGAGCAGCGCCAACCCGGCACCAUGCGCUCCAGGCUCCCACGGACCGCCUGCCUACUGCGACUCAUUGCACUCUGCAUCCUUCUCUCGCAAACUGCGGCGUAUUUUGGACUGACAGGUCGGGAGCCCUUGGUGUUCUUACCGGGUCCGUUCUCCAAUGAACCCCCGACAGGUAAGGCGCACCUGAAGCAGUGCGAGCAGAUGACUCUGACCAGGCGCCAAAAGCGGCUAUGUCGCAGAGAGCCCGGCUUGGCCGAGACUCUGCGGGAAUCUGUGCGCCUCAGUCUGCUGGAGUGCCGCUAUCAGUUCAGGAAUGAACGCUGGAACUGCAGCCUGGACGGCCGGGGAAGCCUUCUGAAAAGAGCAUUCAAGGAGACGGCCUUCCUGCUGGCAGUGUCCUCUGCAGCACUGACCCAUGCGCUCGCCAAAGCGUGCAGCUCAGGCCGCAUGGAGAGGUGCACAUGUGACGAAUCCCCCGGCAUCCAGCAUCGAGAAGCAUGGCAGUGGGGGGUCUGCGGCGACAACCUGAAAUACAGCACCAAGUUCCUCAAGAAGUUCCUCGGCCAGAAGAGGGUCAGCAAGGACCUGAGGGCUCAGGUCGACGCCCACAACAUUAACCUCGGAAUCCGGGCAGUGAAGAGUGCCCUGAAAACAACCUGCAAGUGUCAUGGAGUCUCCGGCUCCUGUGCUGUACGGACUUGCUGGAAGCAGCUGUCUCCUUUCCACGACACCGGCCGGCUACUGAAGUAUCGCUACGACACGGCCGUACGAGUGCUGAGCGUCACCAACGCAGCCACCGGAGAGACAGAGCUUGCAGGCCCACGUCGACACGGCCAGAGCCUUCGAACCACUGACCUGGUCUACCUGGAGGACUCCCCGAGCUUCUGCAGACCCUCUCGCUACUCCCCGGGUACAGGCGGCCGGUCGUGCGCCAAAGACACCAGCUGUCAGAGCAUGUGCUGUGGACGAGGUUACAACACGGCCAUGCGACUCACCAGCCUGUCCUGCCACUGUCAGGUCCGCUGGUGCUGCCACGUGGAGUGUCAGACGUGUGUGAGGGAAGAGGAGGUGUAUACCUGCAAAAAUGCAUAGCACAUGAGAGACAAUGAGGAGAGAUGUAUGCAGAGGCUGAAAAACAUGCUGAACAUUAAGUCCUCACAGACAAUCCACUGAGAGAUCUCCAACUGAGCAUGUCUUCACAAACUCUAUUCCGUUAUGUGAGGAGGAACAAACAUGUAACACUAGAAUAUCGCCGGUCAUUUGUGCUCGUCACCUGUUUGACAUGCUGCAGCUUAUUGUAGGUGAGAAUGCUUUUAAGCUCCUCUGCUUUCUCUUACUGGAUGCACUGAAACGCCGCUCCUCAUGGACUGCAAAACGAGCUCUUAAACAGGUACUGGACUGAACGUUACCAGCAGUGCAACAUCAAACAGUGACUGCGUUGUAGAGAAACUGAUCUGCCCUUUCCACUUGACUAUUUAUUAUAUCAGUCAUUGUCUGUUGUACUGCUGCUUUUGAAACCUUCUUGUAAUUCAUUUUUUGCCAGUGAGGCUAAAACGGCCUUAAAAGGAAUCCACCUGUCUGUCUGUCUGUCUGUCCGUCCGUCUGUCUGUCUGUCUGUCUGUCUGUCUGUCUGUCUGUCUGUCUGCUGUGUACAGUUUGUUUCUGAUUGAAAAAAAGCACUUAAAUUGCUACAUAUGAUACAAAGUGUACAAUUAAACUUAAGAGUUAGUCUAAAUGUUUGAAUAGAAUCACUGGAGGUUUGGAGGGUGAGGUUGAUGCCACUGAUACAUUGUAACUACAUGCUGUAACAGGGAAACAAGCCUGGUUUCAGUUGCUCUUAUGGAAAUGUCUAUGGAAAUGCCCACAUAUAGCCUGAUGGGAGCUUCGGCAGAACAAAGAGAAACACUUGGAGUAAAAGCGAGGGAAACACCAAACAAUGUCUUUGAAACACAAAGAAUGUAAAACACAUCAUUUCUGAACAGCCCUCCUCUUCGUAUUUCCAUACACACUUUGUUGUACUCAUUUGAAACAUUUGGUCAAAUUGGCUGCAUCUUUGUUCUAAACGUCUUUGAAGUGAGCCAAUCAUGCUGCUUAUUUUCCAAAAUUGCUAAUCAAAGAAAAUCACCAUGAUUACUCCCUAAUGCUCACUUCAAGGCCAGCCGUACGUUCCCAUGUGUGCAGGUCAAAAGCUUUAUCUUUAUGCUUUAUUUGAGCGAUUCUGAACUGUAUUUAUGAUUCGACUAUAACUCAUGCUCACGGCGUUUGACAAUGUGGAAUCAUAAUUCUUCUACCUCACUUCAUCUUUUGGCAAAUAUCAGUAAGAUUUAUGAGCGGUGCAGAGUUAUGUCUUCUCAUUUUAUUGUUUCAUAUUUUAGAUUUUUGAACGGAUCUUUUGGAUUUGAUAAUAUAUGUACAUCCAUAAUUCAAAAGUAAAUGUUUUUUUUAAUCAUGUUGCAUUACACUCUUAUUUAAAAUAAAUAAGAUUUAUACACGCGCAUAUUUGUCAGAGAUUAAGUUGUGUCUAGUCCACACACACUCCACCUGUCCUGAAACUCUGCGCUCUGCAUCUAUCCAG